UACAAACUUCUCUUACGUUUUUGUAUUUUGUUUUCUUACGCAAAAUAACUGAUACCACUCGACAAGCAGACGCGGGGACAUAUACAAUAUUAUUAAAAAGUACAGGAACUCACAUAUAUACAUGAUGUCUUUCAAAAAGCACAUGAGUGCCAAAGAAAAAAGAGAUCGAAAAAAAAAUCAGACUAGUAAUGGCGGUAUUGGUGGUCGCAGUACCAGUACUACUUUUGACACCAAUCAUCAUACGUGGCCGAAUAUUUUAGAAUCUGAAAAUCAUCGUACAAGAAAUGGACAUUCCCCCAUAAAGAAUAUAUCAUCAAAAGAAAUCAAUAAGGUUGAAUCAACAAUUAAGGAUGACAAAACUAACAGAAGCGCACAGCCCAACAAUAAUGAUCAAUUGAAAACCCAGGAUUCAUCACAUGACUGCAAAUCUUUGCCAAUCUUGGUGGUAUGUGGAUCUACCGUGGGAAAUCCGGCAAAAAAAAAACAAGAGCGUUUCCGCAUAGUACAGUGACACAGUGGUAAUGUUAUUCAAACUUCAAAUUAUAUUCAUACAAUAUUAAUAAAAUUAUAAAUCAUACAGGUACCUAUUAAAAGUAAAA